AUCUACUCGGACACUACAGUGGAAAUGUGUUGAAUCAAGAAUAGACAGUAAACGCCUUUUUUAUGGCCGCUUUAUUCUAUCUCCACUUAUAAAAGGUCAAGCCGAUACAAUAGGAAUUGCGAUGCGAAGAGCUUUGCUGGGAGAAAAUAGAAGGGACAUGUAUCACACGUGUAAAAUCUGAGAAAGCCUCGCAUGAGUAUUCUACCAUAGGGGGGAUUCAAGAAUCGGUACAUGAGAUUUUAAUGAAUUUGAAAGAAAUUGUAUUGAGGAGCAAUCUAUAUGAAAGUUGUGAUGCGUCUAUUUGUAUCAAGGGACCUCGACAUGUAACUGCCCAAGAUAUAAUAUUACCCCCCCAUGUACAAAUUGUUGAUAACACACAACAUAUAGCUUGGUUGACGGAACCUAUUGAUUUUUUUAUUGGAUUAAAAAUAGAGAGAAAUCGCGGAUAUUUCAACAAAGUGGACCUUCACUUUGACGAUGGAAGUUAUCCUAUAGAUGCUCUCUUCAUGCCGGUUCAAAAUGCAAAUCAUAGUAUUCAUUCUUAUGGGAAUGAAAAACAAGAGAUACUUUUUUUGGAAAUAUGGACAAAUGGAAGUUUAACACCAAAAGAAGCACUUCAUGAAUCCGCCC